UAGUUUUUUUCCAUUCUAUAUAUAUACACAUAGAGUGAGAAUUUAGUGAAAGCAGGCAGAGAUGCGCGAAAUAAUAAAUGAAAAUUGGCCAGUUGAUAUAAGUGUGAUGAGAAAAAUUCCACGAAAAUAAUUCGUUCGACUCUCGUACUUUGAAUUCCUUAUAUAUAUCCUUUUACGGAUUCGUUUACAAUACGCGAUCGCGCAAUAAAAGCCGUUCGUCACAAUCACAAUCUUUCGGAACGGUCAUUUCGAUCAAAAGAGGUCAUUCCUGUGAUAUAUCGCCUAGGAUAAAAACAUGAUCUCGAGUUUUUACGAAAAAAUCGUCGGUGGCUCACCACCACCCGCGGAUCCGAACGAGCCAAAAAUUUUGUGCAUUGGUAAUCCUUGUUUAGACAUUGUGCACGUUUGCAAACAUUAUCCGGUCGAGGAUUCUGACGAGAGGUGUCAGGAAUACAGAUGGCAAAGAGGAGGAAAUGCGUGCAACAAUUGCACGGUCCUGUCAAAACUAGGCACACCGACGGAAUUUUUAGGCAUCUUGGGUACGGGUCAUUACAACUGGGAUUUUCUCAAAGAUGACAUGAGAAAACAUGAGAUCGACUUCUCUCACUGUCCGGUCCUCGAAGGAGUCGAGUGUCCCAUAUCAACCGUUAUUCUGACAGCCAACACAGGAUCAAGAACCAUUUUACAUUACAAUUCAAACUCUCCUGACUUAAAGUUAGAAGAUUUGGAAAAACUGGAUUUGAAACGUUACAGUUGGAUCCAUUUUGAGGGUAGAAAUGUUCCUCGUGUUCUCUCAAUGAUGCAAUACUUAGAAAGUUACAACAAUGGUAUAAAAAAUCCUGAGAACAAUCCGAGCGAUGACGGAGAAAAAAUGGAAAAGAUGACGAUAACUAUAAGCGUUGAGUUGGAGAAAAAAAAUAUUGAUUUGCUUGAUUUGUUGCCGUACGCCGAUGUCGCUUUUAUCUCCAGAGAUUUUGCUGAAAGCAGGGGAUAUAGCAACAUGGGCGAAACACUGAAGAAUAUGGGGAGAGACGUCAAGUCUGGAGCGGUGAUCGUUUGCGCUUGGGGUGACCGAGGAGCAAUGGCGAAAACCCCGAACGGUACAAUAGUUCAAUCGCCGGCAUUUUCGCCACCGGAAGUGGUCGAUACUCUCGGAGCGGGUGACACAUUCACGGCAGCUACUUUACAUUAUCUGAACAUGGUGAAGAUUUCUCGACGAAAAAUUCAAGCUGCUCGAACUAGCGAAAUUAGCGAGCAGCGGACGGCGACGGAAGAAGCCUCAUGUGCAGUGCCAACAAAUUUGGCGUCGUCAUUGGCAGAAGGGAGAAUCAAAAGCGAACUGCCACAUCGGCGAGUGACGCAAAAUUCUAAUAUCGAGAGUCUUGAAUUCAGUCGGACGGAAUUUAUCGAUAGGAGAGUUCUUCAGGGGGCUGUAACGUUCGCCUGCCGCGUUGCCGGUUCAAAGGUCGGCUCGAGAGGCUACGACGCUGUUUCACGGGCACCCGAAGAUCUUUUGAGCAGCAGCGUUGCUCGUUGAAACUUUUUCGAUGAUGAAACAAACUUUGGAAUCUUUCCGAUUACACGUGUCGCAUCCAUCGUAUUUACCUUUUAUAUAUAUAUUUUUUUAUAAUACAUAUAUAUAUAUAUAUAUAUAUAUCAACACAACAUCUGAUAUCAUUAUCCUAUUCCAAUGCAUCGAUUAAGAUUACGAAAAACGACUUAUUGUUGCGAUCCAUCGGGACGUAAUGGACAAAGAGAGUAGGGAUUAAUUAAUUACAAUUAUACUGAAGUGUCACACAACUCGAACCUUUCAUUGUCAGUCACGCAAUUCGAUAGAAAAAAAAAACAUUGGAAACAUACUAUCUAUAUUUUUUCUUUCGUGUGAAAAAAAAAUAAAUUGUGAGACUGAAAAUGACAUGACGCCACUACAAUGACGUAUCUAUGACUGCGGCUAAAAUAAUUAUUCUCUCGUUGCUGCACAUACUAUAAAUAUAAACGCACUCUCUUUGAUGUUCAAUAAUCGUCGCUCAAGUAAAUCAUGCAUAUAAAAUGUAACUGUUGCGUAUUUGGAAAAACAAAUAUCACCGCCCGCCGAACCAUCGGCAUAAACAUUGUGGCGUAUCAAUGUUGAUACUUUAUUAUGAUUUUGUACUUAGUUGCUCGCAUUUAAUCAACGGACUCAACACCGCUGUCGAGAAAAUCUAUCAGUUGGAGCGAAACUUUGUGCGGUAAAUUUCUGAAACGGAAUUAAAUAAUAUAUUGAGAAUCGAAACGACGGAGCUAAGCAGAGGCUUAUAUACAACGCUCACUUACUUCAUUAUCGUGUUCAAGUGUAACCAACAGGCCGGGAUAGAAACUUCGGGAUAGCUCCGUCUCUGCGAGGAAACUAUUUUCUCCGCGGCUUCUUGAGGAGUUACCAGGGCCAUUAUACUGGGAAAUCUAGAAGAAUUUAAAAAAAAAUGAGUCCGGUAUCGACCAUGUACGGAUAAAUGGUGGUGAGCUUAACGUUGUUCGGUUGUCCGUCCUUGCGAGCGCGGAGUUCUUCACCAAGAGAUUCCAUAAGGCCUGCGGAAAAGAAAAAAAAAAAAUUCUGAAUGAAUGGAUCGUGAUCGAUGGAGUGAGAGAAGAGAAGGUUAAAAAUGAGCGUUCACCUCGAACGGCGAAUUUAGAAGCGCAGUAAGGAACGAUAUUGGGUAGUCCGAUGAGUCCGGCGAUGGAGGACAUCGCGACCACGUGACCGUGAUUUUUGGCUAUCAUGCUAGGUAGAAAUGCUUGCAGCAUCUUCGAAGAGAGAAGCGAGCGGACAGGAAUUAUAAUAAGAGUAUGACGAAAAGAGUGAUGGGCGUUGAGCUAUUUAGGAAAGCAAAAUAAAAUUACCCAAUAAUGCGCGAGAACGUUGAUGUCGAAAAUUUUUCUAAUCUCCUCGGUAGUGUGUUCGAGGAGCGGCCUACAGGGCAUUAUGCCGGCGUUAUUAACGAGAAUCGUAACAUUUCCUACAUCGGCCUUGACUCGUUCGGCCGUUUUGAGAACUUGCUCGCGGCUGGAGACGUCGCAUCUGGACAUGAUGAUACACGCUCGUUAUUUUCCGCGAGUUGCAACUUUUUACCAUACCUCAUGAAUGAGGAUCAAUACGUAAACGUAAAAGAAAUGAUAAUUAAACAAUAAAAAAAAAAAACAAAAAAAACAAUAUCAUUUGGAAAAAGCGAUAAUAACAAGAAGUAAACGUUGAUUAACAUACUGGUAUCCGUGAACCGAGCUUGCUCCAAGUUUUUUUAUCUCGUUGAUUGUCUCCUGAUUGCCUUGAGGAUUGAGAUCCCAGCACACGAUCGUCGCACCGAGACUCGCAUAUUUCAAUGCAAUUUCUCGACCAAUUCCAUGACCCGCGCCCGUUACCUGACAUAUAUUUAUUUAUCCGAAACAACGAAGACGACGACGACAACAACGAAAACAUAUCUUGUAUUUUUAUUUCGUUUAAAUUGAAAUAACGCGAUAUACCCCCAGCUUCCGUAUACAACAAUAUCCCUCAAUUGCCGAUUGUCGCGAAGGGAUUUAAAAAACAAAAAAAAUGCAAUGAGAUACGUAUCUUGUGACAAGUUUAUUUAACUCGGCAUCGAUUCGCAUUUAUACGCGGAAAUUCAAUAUCUUCUCCGAUGAUACCUAUAUAUUAUGUAACGAGCGGGUAUACAAGAACUGCGCUUAGUUGUUGAAUCGUCGUAUCGAUGUUUCGAGUUAUUAUAUGGAAUUACGACUAUACCAAGGUUUGAUCGCGGGAUACACAAUAAAUUUAUUAUUACGGUUGUAUUAUACAACUUCACUUCCCGCUCAUCGUUUCGUUGGCGAUAAUUCAUAUAUAUAACAUUUCCGCACGCGAACGAGUUUCACAAUAUCGAUCUCUACAUUCUCCCGAAUGAACUAUUCGAAAAAGUUCCGUUAUAUUUAUAAUAAAACUUGCCCGCGGAUCCCCUUCCCUUGUCCUUUGGUAAAAUAUGAUAAAAAUUUUUUAAAUUUUGUCAGACGUAAAAAGACGAAUAAAAGAUGCAUACCAAUACGA